AUGGAAGACUCAAAGCUGGAGAGCCAGGAAGCAGCUCAACGUCAAGAGAUUGCUCUUCAGAUCCUUCAACAAGAGGUGGCUGGUGUGGAAGAGUAUACAAAUCCACAACUGAGGCAUCUGAUCUGUUGGAAGCUUGACUCAAAGACACUCCCUGGUGCUUUGAAGAACAAAGGCCCCAAGGUAACAAAGUGGAAGGAACUCAAGAAUAAGGAGCCUCCAUCAUUUGAGCCAUGGACUGAUGCCGACGAGGAAAAGCUGGCUCAGUUGCAACAGAGCAUCGAAGGUGAUAUUGCACUAGGAGACACUGUUUAUGCCCGUAAAAAGGCAGUUGAGGUCAACAAAGCCAAGAGUCUUCUUCGUGGCCUCUCCAAGGAAGAAAAGGACGCACUUCUGAAGGAGAUUGAUGAUGACAAUGAUGACACUGAUGCCAACGUGGCUGGGGAGCCUCUGGUGUGA